AUGCAAUCAUAUAAAUUAUUUAUUAUUUUAUUUUUAACCAUUUUAUCUGUACAUUUAAUUGUAUCUCAAGAUAGUAGUGAUUCUUCAGAUGAUGGUAAAACAUUCCAAUUUUGUACCAAUUGUAACAAUGAUAAUUGUAAUACAUUAUCCUGUACAACUGUUCGUACAAAAACCUGUUGGUAUAUCAUAGAUCCAUGUUCACUAGAUUAUUUUGGAUACUAUGAAUUUGAUGUCGUUAAAGGUGUGGAAGGACUCGUUGUUAGAACUUACUCUUAUAAUCAAACCGGUUGUAUGAUGAGUGGACAUAUCCAAAAUAUUUAUGAUUCACCAUGUGAUACUUGCGUGACUAAUCCAACUAUGCCAUAUCAACAAUAUUACAAUUGUAAUUCAACCAGAUUAUAUUAA